AUCUCUGUAAUUUCUACAAAGAGAACGAUGUCAUGUUGACUUUUCUUCACGUUUUGAAAGAUUACAUGCCAAGCUGAAAUAUAUAUAUAAAUACAUGGGAAAUAUAUUGUAGUUCUUGGAAUCUGCAACUGAGUUACCGUUGCUGUAAGUAGCAGCAGAGUUUACUCUCUAACGUGUUGUUACCUGCAGCGAUAAAAAGUCUUGAUGCUGCCAAACUGAUUGGGCGGGACGUACUGUAAACAAGCGGAGGGCACUCGCUCAGAACCUGGCCCUCUCUCCUGUUCUCCUAGUCACAGCUGGGUGGAGAUCAAGAAGCUAAAAUCUACUGUUCAUUUACUAUUCAUUAGAUCAUCCAGGUGGACAAACCCCGGUGCAAGAAGGAAAGAACUUUUCAAAGAUGAUCCACACUGCUGCUCUUGGAACAGCUUCUUGGGAACUUCGUGUUGCCAUUGAUCAACCAAAUGAGGAGAAGAAUGAAGAAGUUACCAUUCGAGUAUCAGGAGAUCUUCAUAUUGGCGGAGUAAUGUUCAAACUUGUAGAACAAAUUGGGAUCGCCAGGGAUUGGUCAGACUAUGGCCUUUGGUGGGAGCAGAAAAACUGCUGGCUGCUGAAAACACACUGGACGUUAGACAAGUAUGGCGUACAGGCCGACGCUAAGCUGCUUUUCACACCUCAGCACAAACUAUUACGUCUCCGGUUACCAAACAUGAAAACCGUGAGGUUAAAGGUUAGCUUUUCCGCCCUUGUGCUGAAAGCUGUAAUAGAGAUCUGCAAAAUAUUAAAUAUUAGGAGACCAGAAGAGUUAUCCUUGUUGAGGCCCAUGGAAGAUUAUGUAAAAAAGAAAAAGAAAAAGGACAGUAAAGAAACGGUGUUAGAUGAGAUUAUCAACCUGGACAACCCUCAAAAUAACUCAGGAUCAUUAGCAAGCCCUGGGCUAUACAGCAAGACCAUGACUCCCAUGUAUGACCCAGUCAAUGGCACCCCAGUUUCUUCCACAAUAACUUGGUUCACGGAUAGUCCACUAGCAGAACAAAAUUGCAACAUGUUAGCAGUGAGCCAGCCAAACUGUUCCCCCGAAAUACUCGCUCAAAUGUAUCAACCACGGACGCUGCUGGAUAAAGCAAAACUAAAUUCAGGAUGGUUGGACUCCUCUAGAUCUCUAAUGGAACAAGGAAUCCAGGAGGAUGAUCAACUCUACCUAAGAUUUAAAUACUACUCAUUCUUUGAUCUCAACCCAAAGUACGAUGCCGUUCGGAUAAACCAAUUGUUUGAGCAAGCACGGUGGGGUAUCUUGUUGGGGGAAAUUGACUGCACUGAGGAGGAGAUGCUAAUGUUUGCAGCAUUACAGUAUCACAUAAGCAAGUUAUCGUCAUCAGCUGAAGCCUUUGAGUUGACCACGGAUGGAGAAGCGGAUGAAAUAGAUGCAGCGCUAUCCAAGUUAGAGGUGGCUUUGGAAGGAGGAAAAAGAGAGAGGGUACUGGAGGAUAUUACAGACAUACCAAAACUUGCAGAUAAUCUCAAACUUUUUAGGCCAAAAAAGCUAGCAUUAAAAGCUUACAAGAAAUAUUGGUUUGUUUUUAAAGAUACAUCAAUAUCUUACUUCAAAAAUAAAGAAUCUGCACACGGGGAACCCGUCGAGAAGCUGAAUCUUAGAGGAUGUGAAAUGGUACCAGAUGUAAAUGUGGCACAGAGGAAAUUUGGAAUUAAAUUAUUAAUACCUUCUGCAGAAGGAAUGAAUGAAUUAUACUUAAGAUGUGAUAAUGAAACACAGUAUGCUAAGUGGAUGGCUGCCUGCAUGCUGGCAUCAAAAGGAAAGACUAUGGCAGACAGUUCAUAUCGACCUGAAGUGCAGAGCAUUCUUUCAUUUUUGAGGAUGAAGAACAGAAAUAAUAGUUCUCAAGUACCCUCUGACAUUGAAACCGUGGACAUGAAACCAGAGUGCUUUGUUUCACCAAAAUAUGCAAAGAAAUAUAAAACCAAACAGUUGGCGUCUCGCAUUCUGGAAGUGCAACAGAAUAUUGCACAAAUACCUCUCAUCGAGGCAAAAUUAAGAUUCAUCCAAGCGUGGCAGUCUCUGCCCGAGUUUGGCUUGGCCUACUAUCUUGUAAGGUUUUCCGGUAGCAAAAAAGAUGAUAUUGUUGGAGUGUCCUACAACAGACUGAUAAGAAUAGACAUUGCAACUGGAGACCCAAUUACCACGUGGAGAUACUCCAGUAUGAAGCAGUGGAAUGUGCACUGGGAAAUGCAGCAGGUCACUGUCGACUUUGAUCCAAACAUAACCAUCACUUUUAAAUGUCUAAGCGCCAACUGCAAAAUUGUUCACGAGUACAUAGGAGGCUAUAUUUUCUUAUCCACGCGAUCCAAGGACCAGAACGAAACUUUGGAUGAAGACCUUUUCCAUAAGCUUACUGGAGGACAAGAAUGAACACAAUAACAAUCA